AUGGACAAUGUGGGAAAUGUUUCCUAUAUAACUAUGUCAGGCUAUGUGGAGCUUAGCAAAUAUAAGUAUUUGUUUUUUACUGUUAUGUUUCUAUUGUAUAUUUUAAUAAUAUGUAGUAAUUCUGUAAUUGUCUAUCUGAUCUGGUCAAACAAAGGCCUCCAUGAGCCCAUGUACAUCUUUAUAGCUGCUUUGUUAUUUAACUGUGUUCUUUACAGCACCAAUAUUUAUCCCAAACUUCUGAUUGACUUUUUAUUUGAAAAACAGAUCAUAUCAUACUCAUCUUGUAUCUUCCAGUUUUUUAUGUUUUAUACUUUAGGUAUAACUGAAUUUCUUCUUUUGGCAGUCAUGGCUUUUGACAGAUAUGUGUCUUUAUGUAAUCCUCUUAGAUAUCAAACCAUCAUGACUAAAACGACAGUGAGUAUUUGUCUGGUUAUGGCCUGGUUAUUUCCUGUUUGUCACAUUGCAUUUGAAACUAUUUUUACUGCUGAAGCUAAACUAUGUAGCUUAAAUUUGAAUGGAAUCAUUUGUAACAAUGCCAUUUUCACCCUUCAUUGUGUCAAAUCAAAACCACUGACUGUAUUAGGGCUUUUAUCUUUAAUAGAUCUUGUUAUACUUCCAGUACUCUUCACAAUUUUUACAUAUACUAAAAUAUUUAUAAUAUCUUAUCAACAAUGUAAAACAUUUAGAAAAAAAGCAGCUGAAACCUGUGUACCUCACCUGCUGGUUUUAGCCAGCUGCUCCUAUUUGGCUGCAUAUGAUGUCAUUAUAGCUCGAGUCGAGUCACAUUUUCCAAAAACAGCUCGCUUUAUAAUGACCUUGCAAAUAUUUCUGUAUCAUCCUAUAAUUAAUCCAUUUAUAUAUGGGAUAAAAAUGAAAGAAAUUUCUAAACAUCUAAAAACCCUUUGCUUCAGCAAAGUUUAG